AUGGUAGAUCUGGAACAGACCAACCUAGAUGAAGAUGGUGCUUCUGCUUUAUUUGACAUGAUUGAGUAUUAUGAAUCAGCGACACAUCUCAACAUUUCCUUUAAUAAGCACAUUGGCACUCGGGGAUGGCAAGCUGCUGCACACAUGAUGCGCAAGACAAACUGUCUGCAGUACCUGGAUGCUCGCAAUACCCCUUUGCUGGACCAUUCGGCUCCAUUUGUGGCUCGAGCACUCCGCAUUAGUAGCAGCUUAACCGUCCUUCACCUUGAAAACACCAGCCUCUCUGGGAGACCGCUCAUGUUACUGGCCACUGCACUGAAGAUGAACAUAGUGUUACGGGAAUUGUACCUCGCUGACAACCGCCUGAACAGCCUGCAGGACUCUGCUCAGCUGGGAAAUGUAUUAAAGUUCAACAGCUGUAUACAGAUUCUGGACCUGCGGAACAAUCACAUCAUGGACUCAGGACUGGCUUAUAUCUGUGAGGGGCUGAAGGAGCAACGCCAGGGAUUGGUCACAUUGGUCCUCUGGAACAAUCAGCUAACGCAUGCUGGCAUGGUCUACAUGAGCAUGUGCUUGCCUCAUACUCAGACUUUGGAAACUUUGAAUCUUGGUCACAAUGCUAUUGGCAAUGAAGGUGUCCGACAUCUUAAGAAUGGUCUAAUUGGAAACCGAAGUGUCCUCCGGCUUGGCUUGGCAUCUGCUAAACUGACCUGCGAAGGUGCUGUGGCCGUAGCAGAAUUUGUGGCUGAAUCGCCACGGCUCCUGCGCCUUGAUCUUAGGGAGAAUGAGAUCAAGACUGGAGGCUUAAUGGCUCUCUCACUGGCUCUUCGUGUUAACCAGUCACUGCUUAGGUUGGAUCUGGACAGAGAACCGAAGAAAGAGACUGUGAAGAGCUUUAUUGAAACACAGAAAGCCCUGUUGGCUGAGAUUCAAAAUGGCUGCCGACGGAACUUUAUCUUGGCCAAAGAGAAGGAAGAGCGCCUCCAGCAGUCGGCGUCCAUGGCAGAGAUUGAAGAUUGUAGCACUGCCCCUGAGGAUACCACAACUAAUAAUUCAUCCAAAGAGGAUGAGGAAGAGAUCACGCCUGACCCAGACCCUCAGGGACCAGAUUCAGAUUCUGAUACAGAAGAUGAAUUGGAGGAGGAAAAGCCAGUAGCAGAGACAAAGCCUGUAGUGAACUCUGUUCAGAACCCUCCAGAGCAGGUGGCAGUGUCCAGUCCAGGUCGAGGUCACAAGAUCUUUUUGGUUACCCGUGUAGAGAAUCCAAACACAGCAGGAGGAGAGGAUUGA